AGACCUGCAGCGGAGCCGCGGCGCCCGCUCCGAUCCGGCUCGGGGCUGCGCCCCCGGGACUCGGCGGCGGGGGCGCUCCCGGCCAGCCUGGGCCCCUCGGCAGUACCAGGUGUGCAUCCAUGGGGUAGCCCCAACGCCUCUGCCCCUCUGCCCCGGCCAACUCAUGGGCUACCUGGCCUGGCCCAGCCACAGCACCAGGGGCCCGUGAGCAGAGCCCUGGCUCCACCCCAAGCAUGUGGGGCCUGGUGAGACUUCUGCUGGCCUGGCUGGGGGGCUGGGGCUGCAUGGGACGGCUGGCAGCCCCCGCCUGGGCCUGGGCAGGGUCCCGUGGGCGUCCAGGGUCUGCAUUGCUGCGAACCCGGAGGAGCUGGGUCUGGAACCAGUUUUUUGUCAUUGAGGAAUACGCCGGUCCCGAGCCAGUCCUCAUUGGCAAGCUACACUCGGACGUAGACCGUGGUGAGGGCCGCACCAAGUACCUGCUGACUGGGGAGGGCGCAGGCACAGUGUUUGUAAUCGACGAGGCCACGGGCAAUAUCCAUGUUACCAAGAGCCUGGAUCGAGAGGAGAAGGCACAGUAUGUGCUGCUGGCCCAGGCCGUGGAUCGAGCUUCCAACCGGCCCCUGGAGCCUCCAUCCGAGUUCAUCAUCAAGGUGCAGGACAUCAACGACAAUCCGCCCGUCUUCCCCCUCGGGCCUUACCACGCCACAGUCCCUGAGAUGUCCAACGUUGGGACAUCAGUGAUCCAGGUGACUGCCCACGACGCUGACGACCCCAGCUACGGGAACAGCGCCAAGCUGGUGUACACGGUGCUGGAUGGGCUGCCGUUCUUCUCUGUGGACCCCCAAACUGGAGUGGUGCGCACGGCCAUCCCCAACAUGGACCGGGAGACACAGGAGGAGUUCUUGGUGGUGAUCCAAGCCAAAGACAUGGGUGGCCACAUGGGGGGGCUGUCGGGCAGCACAACAGUCACUGUCACCCUCAGCGACGUCAAUGACAACCCCCCCAAGUUCCCCCAGAGUGUGUACCAGUUCUCUGUGGUGGAGACAGCUGGGCCUGGCACCCUGGUGGGCCGACUGCAAGCCCAGGACCCAGACCUGGGCGACAAUGCCCUCAUGGCCUACAGCAUCCUGGAUGGGGAGGGUUCCGAGACCUUCAGCAUCAGUGCAGACGCGCAGGGCCGGGAUGGGCUUCUCACUGUGCUCAAGCCCCUCGACUUCGAGACCCGACGCUCCUACUCCUUCCGAGUAGAGGCUACCAACACGCUCAUUGACCCCGCCUACCUGCGGCGAGGGCCCUUCAAGGAUGUGGCCUCCGUGCGUGUGGCCGUGCAGGACGCCCCUGAGCCACCUGCCUUCACCCAGGACGCCUACCACCUAACGGUGCUUGAGAACAAGGCUCCGGGGACCCUGGUGGGCCGAGUCUCAGCCUCUGACCUGGACUCCCCAGCUAGCCCUAUUAGGUACUCCAUCCUCCCCCACUCGGAUCCCGAGCGUUGCUUCUCCAUCGAGCCCGAGGAUGGCACCAUCCGCACAGCAGUGCCCCUGGAUCGCGAGGCUCACGUGUGGCACAACCUCACAGUGCUGGCCACGGAACUCGACAGCUCCUCCCAGGCCUCCCGGGUGCAGGUAGCCAUCCAGACCCUGGAUGAGAACGACAAUGCGCCCCAGUUAGCAGAGCCCUACGACACUUUUGUGUGUGACUCCGCAGCCCCUGGCCAGCUCAUCCAGGUCAUCCGGGCCCUGGACAGGGAUGAAGUCGGCAACAGUAGCCGUGUCUCCCUUCAGGGUCCCCUGGGCCCUGAUGCCAAUUUUACCGUUCGGGAUAACCGAGAUGGCUCUGCCAGCCUGCUGCUGCCCUCUCGCCCUGCUCUGCCCCGCCAGGCCCCCUACUUGGUCCCCAUAGCACUGUGGGACUGGGGGCAGCCAGCACUGAGCAGCACUGCCACCGUGACCGUGAGUGUGUGCCGCUGCCGGCCUGAUGGCUCCGUGGCAUCCUGCCGGCCCGAGGCUCAGCUGUCACCUGCUGGGCUCAGCACUGGUGCCCUGCUGGCCAUCAUCACCUGUGUGAGCACCCUACUUGCGCUGGUGGUGCUCUUUGUGGCCCUGCGGCGGCAGAAGCAGGAGGCACUUAUGGUGCUGGAGGAGGAAGACGUGCGUGAGAACAUCAUAACCUACGACGACGAGGGCGGGGGCGAGGAGGACACGGAGGCCUUCGAUAUCACGGCCCUUCAGAACCCCGACGGGGCAGCCCCAGCAGCUGCCGCCAGCGCCACCCCAACAACGCGUCUUGACGUGCUGCCCCGGGGACGCGCACCCCGCCAACCCCGGCCCCCGGGCCCCGCCGACGUGGCGCAGCUGCUGGCGCUGCGGCUGCGCGAGGCAGACGACGACCCCAGCGUGCCGCCCUACGACUCGGUGCAGGUGUACGGCUACGAGGGCCGGGGCUCCUCGUGCGGCUCGCUCAGCUCGCUGGGCUCCGGCAGUGAGGCCGGCGGUGCCCCUGGCCCCGUCGAGCCACUGGACGACUGGGGGCCUCUCUUCCACACCCUGGCCGAGCUCUACGGGGCCAAGGAGCCCCCAGCCCUCUGAGUCCCCCGGGGCCUGGCCCUGCCUGCCUCGGCAGGGCAGUGUGCACAGGCCCGCAGAAGUGAGCCCCUCGGAUGGGGCAGGGGAGGGGAGGGGCCGAGGCAGGUGGCAGCAGCCCAGGGAACCCAGCCUCCUCCUCUUUCCCUCCUCCCCGGGCUCCCUAAUCGUCCCUCACUGGUCCAUCCUCACGUCUCUGUCCCCGGAUCUGCGUGUCAGCGGUGACAUCCUUCGUUCUCUCACUGUGACAACCCCUCCGUGGUGGCUUUUGUCCCUGUGUUCCUGAAGCUCUCUCUGUCUCCCGUGCCCCCUCCUCCAACUCAUGCCAUGUCCGUCUCCUGCCCACCCUCCCGUCUCCUCUGUGGGUCCCUGUGACUGGCCUUUUGGGUGUUUUAUUUUCUUCUGUUGUUCAUCCCCACAAAAAAAAAAACAAGGGAAACAUCCAGCCACUGCUGCCCACCCUCCUGCAGGGGAUGCUCUGCCCCAGACCUGCCCGCAUGGUUCCAUCCAUCACUCAUGGCCUCAUCCUGGCUCCGCAGCCUCCAGCAGAGAGAGAGAGAGAGCCAGCCCAGC